AUGGCAGCAGCAGCGGAAGCAUCUCACCCGAGAGGAGGAACCUCUCAGGAGCAUGGCUAUCGUCGGUCUUAUAGCCUAGGAACUGCUCUCGGCCCUGCGCUUGGAGCUUGUAGUGAGAAUUAUGCGGGGAGUGGAGAUUUGAGGGGCCAUCACCUCAACACAAGGCCCUCCGACCUUGAGGGGGGUGCCCCUCUACAGGACAUAUCGUUUAGUGAGUUCUUGUAUCAUGAACUGCCAGUGCGCUUCGCGUCGCGAGUGAAGCAGUUGGAGUCCCUUCCGUUGUUCCACACGGAGCCUUUGGUCAUGCAGGUACGUCACACGUACGUGGAGAGUUUCAAGCAGCUCCGGACGACUUCAGCCAAGGAUCUCGACGCUUUUAGAAAGGUGGUGCUUAACUUGAAGCAGCGGCACGCACCGAUAGUCCCGAUGCUGGUGACCGGCAUGAGGAAUCUUCGGAAAGUCGCUCCCCAGUUUUUCACUGAGGAGUUUGUCGAUGAAUUUCUCGAUGGAUUUUUUCUCUCUCGAAUCGGCACUGAGAUGCUGACCAGCAGUUACCUCACCCCCAAGGGUGUCGUGGACAUGGCUUGCGAUCCGUUUCAAGUGACGAAAAGAGCGGUAGAGGAUACAGAGAAACUCUGCCAUUCACACUACGGCCGGUGCCCAAAGAUCAAGGUUUGGAACUUUAACAAGACACAUUUCGCUUCCGUUCCUCAGUAUUUGUAUUACAUCCUCUCUGAGCUCCUAAAGAACGCAAUGAGGGCUACAAUUGAUCGGUAUCCCGCACCCUCUGGGGGGACUGUAGAUAAUUCCAAGCCUCCGAGCCGCUGCGUUACUCCCCUCAACAAGCAUUCCGAAAACCUGGUGGAAACAGCGAGAAAAAGUGCAGUGCCCAAGCCUUACCUGCACGCUGAGACUAUUAGCCAGGGAGAACCGCAGUACGAAACGGCAGACGAAAUCGCCGACCCAAACCUCCCACCUGUGCAGCUCCUCGUAGCAGGAGAUGAUCAUUCCGUCUCCAUUCGCCUGUCCGACAUGGGUGGAGGCAUCACUAAUGAAGCCCAACCCCGAAUUUGGAGUUAUAUGUACACUACGGCGAAGCCGGUUAAGUACGACCCCUUGAGUGGCGCGGUGGCUAGCUUGCCUAUGCCUCCAUAUCAGCCGCAGCAGGAGCGUGGCCCUCAGGCUGAAGGCCCUCCGAGCCAGUCCGUAACUAUUGGAUCUUUAGACUUCACUACGAAGGAAAAGAAGCAAUUGAUGAUAUCUCCCCUAGCGGGUUUUGGCUGUGGGCUUCCUCUUUGCCGGCUUUACGCAUCGUACCUCAGGGGGAGCCUAACGGUUGUUUCAAUGCCGUCACAUGGUACUGAUGCUUAUGUCCAUUUAAAAAGGAUAGGAGAUCAAAAGGAGCUGAUGCCACCCUCAAAUGCCUGGAUUCGCCCUCGAACUGACGGCCUUUCGGACCAACAGGGGAUCCUUCUUGACGCCCCGCCGAUGCACAAGGAUCAUUUUGGAGGCUCCCAGGGGGGCCACUGGUGA